AUGGUAACCGAACCCGUCACAAACAUAAAUAGUACAAAUGUCAGCAGUUUUGAUGCUUAUGCAAAUGUAAUGCAAGGCAAAGUCUUAUUUAAUGGUCAUCAAUCAUUACCAAAAGUCGCCUGGAAUCAAAUUAAAGUUCUCGUUAUAUCGAACAAGAAUGAAUUUGACAUUGAACGCGAUAUGUUGGUGACGGAAACUUUACCUAAACUGCAACAGUAUUUUCUCACCCAAGGAAUCUAUGUUUACUUUAUCGAUUGGAAUUUAAAUUGGGAUUUUGAUUCAUCGAAGAAUCCGUAUCAUAUUCUACGGUAUAUGAAGGAAGUACAACAUACGUACGAACAAUCGAGUGGGCUUUUUCUUUUAACUUUCGUGGGAAAUAAGUACGGACAUAUUGUUUUACCGAUUGAACUGUCCGUGAUGGAUUUCAAUAAUGUGAAAAACUCGGCGACGGAUCUCGGCAAAGAUGUAAAAUUACUCGAACGCUGGUAUUUAUUUGAUGAUAAAUCAUCGCCAUCUAUCUAUAAGUUAAAAGAUCCGGAUGAAAACUUCAUCAAUCUUUCGGCACGAUCGUUAUCGACAUAUGAUUUGAACACACGUGAAAAUCUCGAAUGGAACGAAGCAUAUACGCAUCUCGUGGAUCUUUUUCUCAGUGUUGCACACGAAAAAUCCAAUUCGAAAAUUUUACACGACAUUCCUUUACUGUCCGGUGUGGAAAUGUUGUUCAAUUUCUCAACUAAACUCUCCUCAUCGGGUUGUAUGUGCGUUUUACGGCAAUUUGACGGUUUGACAGAGAAAAGUAAAGGAAAUGAGUUUUAUAUUGAUCUUCUUCCUGGUGGCCGUCUCGAUAAGAUUCGUCAAGAGAAAUUGAAACGUUUUCGUGAAUCGUUGACAAAUAAGCUUUCUUCCAAUGAUGCCAACGAGUUCAAAGUCGAAGAUAAUCGAACUAUUCUCAAUGUGCCUUGGAAAGAUAAUGGAGAUAUUCAAUCGAAUGACUCGGAUUAUCAGCGCUACCUACGUACAUUGAAUGCGUCUAUAUUUCUGCGAAUUAAAUCGUUACAUGAACGAUUCAUCGAUCUUACUCUGUCGAAUCAUCUGAAACUAUCCCAGCAAGUUCUCUACAAUGAAUCUCUUGUACAUCUAACCUACUAUUCGAAACUUUUGUCGACGACCUGUCUAGGGUUCGAACAUUUUAUCGAAACGAAUCAUUCAUUUAAACAAUGGCUCGCAUUAGCCAAUACCUCCGAACACUAUCCUUACAUGAUAUUCGGCAGCCGAGCGUCGGGAAAGACUCUACUAGCAACGAAACUCGUUCAGUACCUUUUGAGGACAUUGGGUAAAACGACGCAAUGUAUUGUGCGAUAUUUAAACUUCACCUCACGUUCGCGAUAUAUUGCCGAGGCCUUCUCGUCGAUAUGCUCACAAAUGAGUUCACUGCAACAUGCAUCCGCUCAAACAGAUGAUCAAUUGAAUAACCGCAUUGAAUUUUAUCAGACGACGUUGAAAACUCUAUCGAAAAGUCAAAAGCCUUUGGUAUUAAUGAUCGAUGGGAUUGAAGACAUUACACCACAAAGUCAACAUAUAUCGUCGAUGCCGAUUUAUCAAGCAUUGCUGCAGUUACUUCCACCAAAAGUUUACGUUAUUCUAUCAGUCAGUCGAAGUGUUCAUUCGACAUCGACAUGUGAUGUGCAAAUCCGUGAGAUGGUCGAUCGAAUUGGGAAGGAAAACUGUCUUAUCGAACUACCAUUGACAAGCGAGUUCAUUCAUCUGACGGAUUUGACGUCGUAUAUCAAAUCUGAACUGAAUGCCAUCCAACGAAAUGUACCGGAAUCGGUUUUGCAAACAAUAUCGAAGUCGGCUUAUCUACAAUUGGAUAAACAAUCGCAAAUCUUUUUUCUUCUCCGACUGACUUUGAAUGAAACGUAUUUGAAUUACUUAUCGCAAGAAAGGAGGAAAUUAGACUUUACAAAUUUGAGUCUUGAUGAUGUACUCAAUGCUUACAUUGACUAUUGUGAACAACGAUUCGGACUGAAAAUUUGUUCGUAUAUUUUCAAUUAUAUCAGUUCAUCGCAAGCAGCAAUCAGCGAAAUCGAAUUAUUAGAUAUUCUAUCAUGUAAUAACGAACUUUUUUUGGAAUACUUUCCACGAGAUCUACCAAAAUAUCUGCGUUUUCCACCGUCGUUAUGGAUCGCGAUAAAACAUGUUUUAGGUCCACUUCUAUCAGAAAAAUGCUUUGAUUUGAAAAUUAUGAUUUGUUGGAGUCAUUCGUUCAUUCGACGACAUAUGAAACAGAAAUAUUUAAAACGUGUGGAAGAUAUUCGAAUUGCACAUCGGGAUAUUGCGAAUUAUUUUCUCGAAGCCUUCAUCGAGUCGAAACCGUUAAUUGAAAUGAAUCGAAAUGUUCAAAUAAGAGGAGAUAAUGGUCGACGAUUUAUCAUACAACAGCCACUGCUCUACUCUGAAACGGCGUAUAAUUAUCGACGACUCGGUGAACUAUGGUAUCAACUAAUGCAUUCUGGUGACAUCGAUCGUUUGAAGGAAUAUACUCUAUGCUGUUUUGAAUAUCUACUUUCGAAAAUCCAUGGAUUAUCUAUUGAGCAAUUGUUAUGGGAGUUCGAUAUUAUUUGUAGCAAUAUUCUCGAUGCGGAUGUUCUUCUGAUUCAAGCGACAUUGAAAACCAUUGCAAAUAUUGUUUCAGAAGAUCCGCUGUUGCUCGGCGGAGAGAUUAUUUUGCGCUUGAAAAACAUCAAAAGUUGUUACAAUGAGCACAUCGAAUCUCUGUACGUUCAAGCUCAUGAAUGGUGUGAAUCUUGUGGUACACCUGUUUUCGUACCACUUUCAUCGUGGCUUUCAACCAUUCCACCAAUGACAGUGACAAUUCUACCAUGUCCCGAUGGUGCUAUUAAAAUCGCACCUACAACAUUCAACCAACAUGUUUUCUGUACAACACGACAAAACGAAAUAGCGAUGUAUCACAUCCCAUCCAAGAAACUAGUGAAAAAAUUCACCAGUCAUACAGCGUUGAUAACCUCAAUACGAUUGACUUAUAACAACAAAUAUUUAGUUUCUGCGUCUGUCGAUCGAACGAUAAAGUUAUUUAACCUGAAUUCAGGCGACCUAGAAAACACAUACAAUACUAACCAAGAUGAAAUUCUUUGUAUGACUGUGUCACACAACAAUGAACAUAUCGUAACGGGUUCGCGAAAUCGGCUGAUCAUUGUCCUUCGUUUGGAAACUGGCGAAAUCGAGCAUUCUGUCGAACAACAUCUCGAUGCUGUGACAGCAGUAGCACUUACACAGGACGAUGCAGUUUUGGUUUCAGCAUCACGUGAUCAAACAAUAAAACGAUGGACUUUUCGAGGAAUGCAAUUACUGGACAUAAUCGACACGAUUGGAUCACCUGUUCGUUUCAUGGUUCUAUCGGCUGACGAUACGUUCAUUAUCGCUGCCUGUGACGAUACAUCAGUACAAGUGAAAUCUUUAGUCACAGGCAGUGAUAUUCAUCGUCUCGAAGGACAUUCAACGGAAGUAACAAGUCUUUCAUUAUCACAAGAUUCCAUAUGUUGUUACGUCGGGUGCAGCAAUGCGCAUGUUUAUGUUUACAAUUUUCGUUCUCGUCUUCUUCUUCGAGCACUAACACAUCAUCAAACAUCUGUCUCCGAUCUCUACGUUUCAGCUGACGAUUGUUUUCUUUUCUCAGCUGCAGAAAAUGCUAUACAUGUGCUUAAUGUAAAACAACAAUUUAACGGCUUUCCUAAUGACGAUUUGCCCUCAUCGGCCAAUCCGACUACGGCUUUGUCAAUUUCACGUGAAGGUGACGUUGCCAUCGCGGGCAGUACCGAUGGAGUCGUUCGAUUAUUCAAUCUAAUCGAUGGCGAAUUAACCGAACAGAUCGUCGAUCAUCGAGCGCCCGUCACACAAGUUGCUCUUUCACACUCGUAUCUAUUUUCUCUAUCGGGUUCGAAAGAUACUACUGUGAAAGUGUACGACAAUGAAAUGGGAGAGAUCGUUACCGAAUUUACAGCACACUCAGCUCCCAUAUCGCAUUUGCGUAUAUUAGAAGAUAAUCGAAAGAUUCUUUCCAGCGAUGAGCAGAAUUAUAUCAAAACAUGGUGGGCUAAUACGGGUGAAUUAAUCGAUUCGUACAAUGUUCCAUGUAAAAUGCUUGCUGUUUCUCCUGAUGGGAAAUAUGUUGUAUCAGGCAACGGAGAUAAUAUUUUGAAAAUUUGGUCGCUCGAUGACGCACGUGUUGUUCGUUCGAUCGAUCAUACCGAAGGAAAAAUUACAUGCAUGGCAUUUCGAGCCGAUUCCCAGUAUUUAAUCACUGGUGGUGAAGACUGUAGUUGUAAAUUAUGGGAGUUAUCGUCAGGAAAAUUAACACAGGUUCUCGUUGAACACGAACAAUCAAUAACGGCAGUGGCAAUCAGUGAGGACGGAAAACAUGUUCUAACUGGUGAUAAAGUUGGACAAGCGAUUCUUUGGUUAUUCAAAGAUGGUACUGUUGUUUAUAAACUUCUGAGACAUCAAACUGCCAUUGUCUCAGUAUCAUUGACAACUGAUGGCACUAUUGCAAUUACUGCCUCUCAAGACGGUCUUCUCUCUGUUUGGUCGACGACGACAGGCAUAUAUAUAGCCACAUUUUAUUUUAACCAUAAUUUGGUUAAACUAAAUGUUUCCCGUAGUGGAGCUCGUUAUGCAGCUAUUCUCCAGAAUACGUCAUGCGUGGCAAUGCUUAGCCUCUUCAACAUUUCGUCUAAUGAUGCUUCGAAAAUCGCACAACGUCACAGUCAAAUGUUUUCUGACACAUUAAAUACGAUAUUGCCAAUCAAACCUAAGCCUCUUCUUUAUCCGAAAGAUGCGAAUAUCUUGACCAAUUCUCGGCACAGUUCUAAAACAGAUCAAAUGGUUGCCGAUGCAAUUCAAGUAGCAAAUCCUCAAUCGGAAAAUAAUCAUCGACAUGUUUGA